UUGGAGGGAUUUGAUUGAAUGGGCCUGUAGCGGACACUGGCCUAUUGAUAAUACAUCAAAUACUCCUCCAUUUUUACAAUUUACUGUAAGUCGUUUGGGGGGAAAUUGCUCUUUUGUGGACCGGAUAUGCUUUUUUUUUAACUCGACCUGGAAUAUGUGAUUUGUUUUGUUUUUCAAAGAUACAUUUGAAAGACAGGAAGAACCCCAGGGCCAGAAGUGAUUUUUUCCUCCUUCUUCAGAUAUGCUGCAUGUGAACAGAGGUGUUUGUGGAAACACACAGGAGCCUACAGAGGCGCUGACUGCGGGACGUAAGUAGCUCUCCAGGGUGCUGAAGUUGUCUCCAAACGCGACAGACGCAGCGCCCGAGCUCUGCCUGUCACUUUCACCCCAUAAUCCAAACAAAUGACUUGGCUGUGUCUUCACCGGAGCAGCUCCGUGGAUCCUCGGGGUGAAUAGGUAAGGGUUCGGGAUGGUUAGGUGACGGUUUACGUGGACACAGAAAAGCAGAUCCUGUUAGAUUGUCUCGUCGGACCUUGAAGCUGUCCUGAUGGCAUCAAAUAUAUGGUGUCACUGGUUUAAUUGAUAAUUCAAAAGUGAACACGAAGAUUCACUACCUUGGACACCCUGGAAGGACAAUGCAAAAUAUUUCUCCACAUUUCAAAGGGGCGCUGUGGGAGUCCAACCAUGCAUGUAUGCCCAUAAUUAAAAGCAGACCAACUUUAACGACACUGCCCUUUUAUAACUUUCUGUUAUGGGUCCUCCUCGGAGUGUUGACGUUCCCUUGUUGUGUCCGCUGUUUAAUAUUCAAAGUGGGGGUCCUGGGGCCUUGGAACUGCGACCCUGUUUACUACAGGGCCCUGCCUGCUGCGGCCGCCAAGCUCGCUGUAAGCAGAAUAAACGGAGACCUAAAUCUGGAUCUGGGCCUGAAAAUGGACUUUAUCAUCCUCCAGGAGCCUUGCGAAACCUCCAAAGCCCUCACUGCGUUUAUUUACUACGAGGAGAUGGCGGAUGCGUUUGUGGGCCCAACCAACCCGGGAUAUUGUGUUGCAGCUUCUCUGCUGGCCAAGAACUGGGAUAAGGCCAUCUUCUCUUACGGCUGUGUUAACUAUGAGCUGGACCGCAUCACAGGAUACCCGACUUUUGCCAGAACACUGCCGUCUCGCACUGACGUGUUGUUCACCGUGUUGAAACACUUUAGGUGGGCCAGUGUUGUGGUGGUCUCAUCCAAUGAGGAUAUAUGGAUGGACACCGCUGGGAGAGUUGCUACUGCUCUGAGGAACAAGGGGCUUCCCGUUGGCCUGGUUACAUCUAUUGGUAUAAAUGAGACAGAGGUGGAGGGCACGCUGAGGAAGAUCCAGGCUGCAGGAGAGAUCAGGGUCAUCAUCAUGUGCAUGCACUCAAUCCUGGUUGGAGGAGAGCAGCAGGCUACUUUUCUUCUCAAAGCACAGAAAAUGGGCCUGACUUCGGGGAAGUAUGUGUUUGUGCCCUUCGACACCCUCCACUACAGCGUGCCCUACGCCAACGUCUCUUACUUCCCCCUGCAAAACAACAGCAGGCUGAGGGAGGCCUAUGAUGCUGUGCUCACUAUCACUAUGGCCUCUGAGCCCCUGUCCUUCAACGAGGCGUUUGCUGCCGCCAAGAGCAGCGAGGAAGUGACGCUACCUGUGCAGCCAGAGCAGGUUAACCCGCUAUUUGGGACCAUCUAUAACAGCAUCUACCUGCUGGCCAAGUCCAUCCACAAUGUCAGGAGAGGAGGCAUGCAGCUGUCAGGCUCAAACCUGGCCUACUUCAUGAAGAACAUAACCUUCAGCGGCUUCAAUCAGAAGGUCCAGGUGGAUACUGGUGGGAAUGUUAAGAUCAGCUAUGUCAUCCUGGACUCUGACAACAGGGAGAGUAAGCUGUACCAGACAUAUCUGGUGGAUCUAACGUCCGGUGUGCUUCGUUUUGCUGGGAGGUCCAUUAAUUUUCCAGGAGGAUCUCCACCGCCGUCUGAUUCCAGCUGCUGGUUUGAAAAGAAUGCCGUCUGCACAGGAGGUGUGGAGGUCACCUACAUCAUAGUGGUGUUUGCUGUCAUCUUCACUCUGGCUGUAGGAGGGCUCGCUAUAAGUCUUUAUAUCAGGAGGAGAUUCCAACAAAUCCAGCUGGUCAGAGGUCCCAAUCGGAUCCUCCUGACCGUAGAGGAUCUCACGUUUAUCAAUCCUCAGCUUAGCAAAAAGAAAAUCACUUUAGAGGAUCUGAGCGAGUCCAAGAGCGCUCUAGAGGAGAAAUCUGCAGACUGCUCACACUCUGUGAACAGCAUACAGACGGCAACUCAUGAGACCACCAAUGUAGCCGUGUAUGAGGGUGACUGGGUGUGGCUGAAGAAAUUUGAGGAGGGACAGUUCAAAGAAGUGAAGCAGAGCACCACCAAGAUUUUCACAAAGAUGAAAGACCUGAGAAACGAGAACGUGAAUCCGUUCCUUGGCUUCUUCUUGGACUGCUCCAUGUUUGCAGUGGUGACGGAGCACUGCUCGCGGGGCAGUCUGCAGGACCUGCUGAGGAACGAGGACGUUAAAUUAGACUGGAUGUUCAAGUCCUCACUUCUGCUCGACCUCAUCAAGGGUAUGAAAUACCUUCACCACAGAGAUUUCCCCCAUGGCAGGCUAAAAUCUCGUAACUGUGUGGUAGAUGGGCGGUUUGUCCUCAAGAUUACUGACUAUGGCUUCAAUGAGCUGCUGGAGUCUCAGAAAGCUCCUAUUGAAGAACCUCCACCUGAAGAUCUGUUUUGGACAGCUCCAGAAUUCUUAAGGGACCUUGCAAUCUCACGUAAAGGCACCUACAAGGGAGACGUGUACAGCUUUUCUAUAAUCCUUCAAGAGGUGGUUGUCAGAGGGCCACCAUACUGCAUGCUGGGUCUAUCACCCGAGGAGAUCAUCCGUAAGGUGAAGAAGCCUCCUCCAAUGUGCCGCCCCACUGUGGCCCCCGACCAGGCUCCUCUCGAGUGUAUCCAGCUGAUGAAGCAGUGCUGGAGCGAACUGCCUGAACGCAGACCAACAUUUGAAGAGAUCUUUGACAGGUUCAAGUUAAUCAACAAGGGUAAGAAGACUAACAUCAUUGACUCCAUGCUGAGGAUGCUGGAGCAGUACAGCUCCAACCUGGAGGACCUCAUCAGAGAGAGAACGGAGGAGCUGGAGGUGGAAAAACAGAGAACAGAAAAACUACUGUCAGAGAUGCUGCCACCUUCUGUGGCUGAGGCCCUGAAGACCGGUGCCACAGUGGAGCCAGAGUACUUUGACCAAGUGACAAUCUACUUCAGCGACAUUGUAGGCUUCACUACCAUCUCCUCGCUCAGCGAUCCCAUCGAGGUGGUCGACCUUCUCAACGACCUCUACUCUCUUUUUGACGCCGUGCUCAGUAACCACGACGUCUACAAGGUGGAGACCAUUGGUGAUGCUUACAUGGUAGCAUCGGGUCUGCCAAAGAGAAACGGCAACAAGCACGCUGCUGAGAUCGCCAACAUGUCUCUGAACAUCCUCAGCUCAGUAGGAACCUUCCAUAUGCGGCACAUGCCAGACAUGCCCGUCAGGAUACGCAUAGGAAUCCACUCAGGCCCCUGUGUGGCUGGGGUGGUAGGUCUGACUAUGCCUCGGUACUGCCUUUUUGGAGACACAGUCAACACUGCCUCUCGCAUGGAAUCCACUGGGCUGCCUUAUAGAAUCCAUGUAAAUAUGAGCACUGUGAAGAUCCUCCAUUCUCUUAACGAGGGUUAUAAAAUAGAUGUCAGAGGCAAGACAGAGCUGAAGGGUAAAGGUAUUGAAGAGACAUACUGGCUUGUGGGGAAAACAAACUUUACAAAGCCUUUGCCAAAACCACCAGAGAUCAAACCAGGGGAAGACAAUCACGGGCUGAAUCCUGAGGACAUAGCUGCUUACAGGAGAAAGAAAGCUGAGAAAAGGGCUUGACCUUGUAGUCCAAACACAGGAGAGACAACUGGCAGGUGAUGGUGACAGAGGAGAUCAAGACCCUUUUUCGCAAGGCCAACAGGCAGGUGGACAAUAAGAUCUGAAUGAGAGGAAGAGAAGGAAAGAUAUGAAAGAAGCAAACCCAGAGGAGCAGAAGAGAGGAGGACCCAUCCAGAAAAAGAAAGAGACAAAGAGCUGGGGGGGGCAGACAGAGGACAGAGAGCAGCACCCAGCCUCUCACUGGGGCUUAAUGCAGACUUGUUUAAGAGGAUUGUCCAUCGACUGGCUAAUCUGCCUACAGCCAGCGCAGCAGAACACGACGGUGCUAAUGUAAUGAGAGUUGCUGCAUUACCUGCCUACGAACCUGCUGCCAGCAGCACAGGGAAGCUGCACCGCUCCUUGAUGAAGGAUGCACUCAUUCACUCCACUGUGCACUCACUGGCCACUGAGUGGUCACCUAUUUCAGGGCAACCAGAGGUUAGCCCACGGGAAGAUUGAACGCCCCAAACGCCUAUUUCAAAAUGUAAUUUUCCGGUGAUAAUGUCUGUUUUUAGUUUGCCAUGAAAGCUCAUAAUAGAGUUGUGGCUACUUUUAUUUCUACUGUAUUAGAGUAGAGUGACAAGGAAGAGUUGGUCAAGUCCAUUCAAGCCCAUUCCUACAAAUUAUUUUAGCUGUCACAAUUUUUCAAUAAGACAAUGCAACAAAAGUAAUAAAAAUGAUGAUUCUUUUUCUUUUCUGUUAUAGUCAAUACAAUUUUAAGGUCCUUUAGUGAAACAUGUUGCUGUUUCCAAGCUGCUCAGUGAUGGAUUUAAUAUUGCUGUCAGCACCUAAAAUUCUGGUUAAAGUAACUGAACUGAAUUGGUUGUUUGUGCUAAAUCUCUGAACACACUCCUGCUCUCUUUGUUUGCUAUCAGUAAUAGACCUGUAAUACAAAGCCAUAAAUUAUGUGAAGUGAAGUUCAUCAAGAAAAUUAUUUGUGGUGGCCAUUUUUCUUUCAACAUUUCAGCCUUUUAACAACUUGAAAUCUUGUUUGUUUUCUGCCAUCACAAGUGUCACAAUGUGUCAAUAUGAGAACACAAUCUCUGCGUUGAUGCUCACACAGCAAUUUUAUUCAAAACACUAACCAACAUUUCUUAUAAAUGAACGCAAACAAAGUAAUUUUUGCACACAAGUCCAUUAAAGGUUACUUCUGAGUUCAGGAGAGCAAACUGUGUGUACAAUGUUAACCACAUCCGGAAGUGUUACAGCUGGUUUCCCCAACAGCUGAUGUUGUACUAUAUUAUAUAUGUUGUACUCUGGCACAUUUAAAGACUUUUGUGUUCCCUGAAGUUCAGGUACACAGGUUACCGUCAUCGAUGCAUGAUGUGUCAGAGAUCUGAAGAGCACCGUCUAGUGUCCAAAUUAAGAUAUUUGCUAAGAAGCAUUGAAUGGAUUCGUUUUUAUUAUCGACAGUGCUUUUGAGUAAAAAAUAAAAAGUAACAUGUUCACUACAAUUUAUUAAAAAUGGCAUGUAGGUGUAAGGGAAUACCUGAGAGCACAUAUGUUAUUUGAUAGAAGUGUAUUGUUUUGACCUAUGUCCGAUAUUUGACGUCACCUUUCAACCAAACAUCAGCCAAUUAUUAUUAUAAUUACUUUUGGAACAUUUGGAAAUAAUCCCCAGCAUCUCAUCAUAUUAAUGUUGACUAUAGGAGGAGCUUAGUUCAUGCUUGGUGUACAACACAACAGCAGAGUAAGUCAGAAACAUGUAUAUUGUGUAAUUUAUGUUGUUAUUUGUCUUGUAUAUUAUCACUGCAAUGCAAAGUAUAAGGUGUAUGUAAAUAUGACAUCAUUAAUGAAUUAAAUCAUUGAUUUGAAACACCUUCA